GCGUCAUCCAUUCUUAAACAGGUUUAAAUAAUGAUAAAAUAUUGAUUAACCAUCAUUGUGAGAGUAGCAUCAUCUGUGGUGAAGAAGACUAUAGAAAACGGUACAUUACACUUAAACUGAAUUAUUAACAAAUCAUCAAAAUGGCACACAGAGGGGGUGUGAGUCUGAAGUUAGAGAGAGUGAUCAAAGCUGGCCUAAACAAACCACAUGACGUCAUAUGCCAUCGAGGACGUUAUGUAAUCACCGACAAGGACAACAAUACCAUUGUAUCAGUCACACCCGAAUCCGGGAACUUUCGAAACCUGGCCCAUGGAAACACCGGUUUUCAUCCGUAUGGCAUUGUUGCUGUAUCCGAAGCCGAAGAUCACUUUUUGGUGACCGACGCCGGAGAGAAAAAUUCAGCAGGUUACAUCUAUGAGGUGAGAAAGGGAACGCUUUCCCGAUGGGCAGUGGGAUACCGAUCAUUUGGGAGUCCAACCGGAAUUGCCAUUUGUGAGAAAGAAGUGUUUGUGGCUGAUUGGUCUCAUGGUUGUAUCCACGUGUUCACCCUAACUGGCGAGAUCAAAAGAUGUUUAGCAAUGGGGAAACUAACAAAUCCAUGGUUUCUUGCCUUCAACAGCCAGAAACAACUUUACGUUGCAGAUCUCUAUAGCAUCAAAGUAAUCCAUAGGUAUGAGGACAUCUUCGAAGAUGAUUUCGAAAUUUCAACCUGUAACAAGAAAUGGCAUUACCGCGGUAUAGCCAUUGAUGACCAAGAUAAUGUUUACAUAACAGCUCGUUCCACUGAUUCUCGCCGGCUUUUUACCAAAGAGACGUUGACAGUUUUAGAUAAAGACCACAGGGUCCUUGAUAAUUUCACCGGAGGUUGGCGCACAUUCAAUUACCUGCGAGGCCUAUGCUUUGACGCGCAACACCAACGAGUCGUGGUUGUCGAUGGUGAAUGGCAUGAACUAAAAAUUUUCAGUGUGAAUUAGGAAGUUAUCAUAUCAACCUCCCCCCCCCCCUUCCUUGAUUGCAUGUCUGUUCGUAUCUGCCUGUUCUCGUCUGUUCUGCCCCAUAGCUCUCUCACUUUCUCUGUCCUCGCACUGUACAGUUUAACUUUUCCUCUCCUUUCAUCGGAAAAAAAAUAUAUGAACAACGGACCUACCUUGGCAGAUAACAAUUCAAGAAAUAGAAGGGAAAAUGAUUUUCUCAUGAAAAGUCAAAUUUGUCAGCUUGUUCAGAUUAUGUAAGCUACCAGUGACUAUGAAUCAAAUUAAUGGACAUUUAUUUACAAUAAUCAGUGAAAAGUCAUACAUUGAAUCAAUCAUUCUAUUUUAUAUGAUAUGCAGUUUAUUCUUGACGUUUCACAUUCAUAUUCCAAAACAAUUCACAUGGCAUUAUAAUGCUAUGUUUUGGUCUAGAGCAAUAAUUAUAUACAGUGAAGAUAAUUAAACUUACAUUCAAUAGUAUAUACACAUUAAAUAUCGAUAAUGAAUCUAAAGAGAUAUAUCAAAUAUGAUUUUGUAUUGAAUUUCUAUUAACAAAUGUCGCCAUUAAAAUUAUCUUAAAAAAUAAAUAAAAUGGUAUUUUAUUAUUCAUGAUAUUCAAACAUAUCAUUUUCCACCUGAUUCAGCAUUGUUUAUAACUAGUAUCCGAGAAAAUUAGUUUAAGCUGUCAAAGUUUAUUCCCAGAAAUAAGUAAUAUCUGGGGCCCGUUUCAUUCAUCAUGGAUCAAUAAAUAUUUGACAGGAGAAUACAGUGCUUGGAAAUCCCUGUUUUAAUAUUGGACCCAGAAAAUUUGGCUGGGAUUUGCCUCUUUGUUUGACUUUUAAUUGCAAAAAGAGUGAUAUGUUUCGUAUUUGUAUGAGAACACAUUUGCCCAUAUUUUAUGUUGACAUGUUCUGUUCAUGGGCUGAUUUAAAGUAUAUUGAUAUGUUUAAAGUAACGAAUAUUGAAAACGAAAUUAUUUGGUACAUUAGUAACAUAAAGUAUAAAAAAGAUGUAUUAUAUUUUCCUAACUGGAUAAAAACAAUAUUUAAGUUAAUCAAAUCCUAACAGGUGGUGAUUGGAAGAAGAUUGAUUCAAUAUGCACUGUUUUUAAAGAAAGAGAAUUACUUUCUACCUUUGAAUUGUUGAAAAUAAAAAAUGCGUUCCCGAAGUUCUGGCUUGACAAAUUACGUAAUAGUGCACGAAAUGUAAAUAGCAUGUCAUCGAAAUCCAGCACUAUUGAAAUAUCAACAGGUGACUGUAUAGAAAUCAAUGGCAUGAAAGCCAGACAUUUUUAUCAUUUAAUGAUCGAAAAGGACAAAAAGGGACCUCCCUUGUAUUCUUUUCUGGAACGAUUUCUUUAGCUUGCCUCUUGAAUUCAAUUGGAAACGAUUAUUAGAGUUUAAACUUGAUUUUAUAAACGACAACAGGAUUAAACAGUUUAAUUUUAAAUUAAUUCAUAGAAUACUACCAAGUAAAGACAACCUUUGCAAAUGGAAAAUUAAAAAUGAUAUUUUAUGUAAUAUUUGUAAAGUUCCAGAAAACAGUAUUCAUCUUCUUUUUACCUGUCAAGUGGUAACAGUUUUUUGGAAAAUUGUUUCUAAAUUAAUAAAUGCUUUGUUCGAUGUUAAGAUUGUUUUGAAAGAAAAAAUUAUCGUAAUAGGUCAUGAGAUAGAAAAAAAGAAAUGAAUUAGGUUAACCUUAUUAUAAAUUUUUCACAAUUUGUAAUUUAUAGAAAUUAUAUUAGAAAAUGUUUUGGAACUGACAAACAUAAGACUCAUGCCUUUAUUCUAUGACAGAUUUAUAGGUAGAAAUUCGAAAUUAUUUGAUACGAAAAUGCAGUCAAAAACGAUUGUAAAUAUCAUGUGAACAAAUAAGUACCUCUUAUGAGGAGAAAAAAAAUAAAGGACCUACAACUGUUGUACAUAUGCCACGCUAAGCCAUGCUCAGCAGCCAAUCAAAAUCAAGGUUGCCAGAGUAGUUGCCAUAAUGGUAGAGUUACAACAGUUGUAAGUCUCUAUG